AUGUAGCAGUUAGAUCAGGAAUAAAACACUAAUUAACAAUAAUAAUAGAAACAAAUACAAAAACCUAUGAACUAAACUAUGCCUUAAAUGCCAGAAAAGCCAGAAUGGCCAGAAAAGCUAGAAAAGCCAGAAUUGCCAGAAGAGCCAGAAGAGCCAGAAUCGCCGAGCCAGAAUCGCCAGAAUCGCCAAGCCUAAAAUGCCAAAACAUCCAGAAGAGCCAAACAUGCCAUAUAUAUUUAUGUGCACAGGAAUGAAUGGAUGUGAU